AUGUCCAAAGGAUGCUACACUUGUCGCCGACGCCGCAUUGUCUGCGACAACGGUCGCCCGACCUGCCGCAAAUGCCGCGAUGCUGGGAAGGAGUGUCUGGGCUACCAGAAGCCGUUGGUCUGGGUUAAGGGCGGCGUGGCUAGUCGUGGGAAGAUGAUGGGACUGAGCUUUGAUGAUGUGACUACUACAAACCAGGAAUCUCCGGGUAGCGCGAGCAUGGGCUAUUGUUCUUCAGAGCAGACAGAGCAGCAGGCCCAGUGCGAAAGCACAGCGCUGUCGGGCGAUGGAGGUCUGCAGGUCCAGGUCCAGGCACUACCUAAAGCAACGCUGGCCAAAUACUACAACAAUAAUGGAGCGCUUGUACAUGUUCGUCGGCUUCCUCCAGAGUCUCCCUCGUUCUCGUUGGUGGAUCCGCUCUUUCGAGAUAUGGAUAAACUGUCGAGGUUGUACAUCUCACACUUCAACCUGCACUGUGUCCAAGCACUCUGUCUUUACGACAAAGUCCGCAAUCCUUACCGCGAGCUCAUUCCCUACAUAGGCGAAUCAGCCGUAUUGACCGACUCCCUGGCUGCGAUCGGCGCGAUUCAUCAAGCAUACAUGUUCAACAAUGGCCUUCAAUUCCCGCAGUCAUCCACCAUCGAAGCCACAGAGACCCCCGGGUGUAUCAUGUCCCUUGGCCGGCCUGCUAUCUCCUCCUUCUCAGCGCAGCCCGUCAAUGCCAAGGCAUUCUCGCACUUCUUGAGCCUGAAACAACGUGCAUUGCGCCAGCUAUCCAUAGACGUGUCGCACGCAUCCACGCGCAACGACGACAGGACAGUUGCAGCCAUUUUCGUCUUGAUCUUGCUGGACGCGAUUGAAUCCGGCAACGGGGCGUGGAAGUACCAUCUCGAGGGCGCAAAGAGCAUUCUGCGAGACAGACUGCUGCUAACCGCCGCCAACCACCACUCGGCGACGACCGAAGGCAUCGACACAUUCGUCAUCGACUCUUGUCUAAUCACCGAAAUCAUGGGCUCGACACUGGCCCGUCCGGGCGUGCUCUCCAGACCUUUUUAUUCCCAAAGCAUGGGUGCGGCGGUCCUCCAGCGUCUUGAGAAAACCGCCUGGGUGGGCUGCCCGGCAUACCUUUUGGAUGCAAUGUUCUUUGUGCACGCACAGCGCUUUUCGAAUUACGGCAACAACAACAACACACCAUCGGGCUGCUAUGCCUACUCGCUAUCUUUCCCGCCUUCUUCGCCAACAGCGACGACAUGUACUACUGACUCCCCGCUUGCAAUUCUGCGACACAUUGACGCGUUUGACCCGGUGGCCUGGGCUGGCGAGAUGCAGUCGUAUCUCCUGCUAUCCGAUAUAUCCCAGCGAGUGGCUCUGGCAUGCGCCUACAAGGCCGCUGUAUACCUGUACGCGCGACGGGUCGUGUCCGUGUUUGGAUUCGACCGAGAAGAUUCUUCUUCUGCCGAGAUUUGGAAAGACCGCGACACGGUCGAAAAGGAGCUCGUGCACAAUAUCUCGCUGAUCCGGUCCGACGACGAGCAUUUCAAAUGCACCAUUUGGCCGACGUUCAUCGCGGGCGCCGAGAGCUCGAACCGGGAACAACGCGUGUUUACGCUGCAGCAUUUGUAUAUGUUGUGGAACGAUUUCUGUAGUGUUAAUCUGCACAAUGCGGCGUGUGUGUUGAAGAUGAUGUGGCAGAAGCAGGAGGAGCGGAGUCAGUCAGGGUCUUCUUCUUUGGGUGGAGGCGAGUUUGAUUGGAUUCAGGAGCUGGAUCAGUCGCGCACUGACUGGCUGUUUAUAUGA